GCAGGAGGUGACGUCAGCCGGCGUGCGGGCGGGAGGUGCGCGCCGUGCCGCGUGCUCUCAGAGCUUCUCUGGCGGGCGUUCAGAUUGUGCGUUCUCGGCGACUGCGACUUCGCUGUCAGCACAGCCCACCUCCCUAACGAUACUGCAACGUUAUCAACUUGUACAGCCCUAAACGAGAUGACGACGAUGGUGCUGCGCCUUCUGGUGGUGGCCGCGGUAGCGGCGGUCGCGUUGGCAGAGGAGAGACAUGCUAUUGCCGUUCUGUCUCAUUCAACAAAGAAUGUGAAGGGCAAUGUAACAUUUGUGCAGACAGAUGAUGGGGUUGUGACAGUAACUGGCAUUAUUGAGGGACUCAAACCGGGUUCUCAUGGCUUCCAUAUACAUGAAAAGGGAGAUAUUUCAAGCUGUAUUAAUGCUGGAGGUCACUUCAAUCCUGAUAAGGUGAACCAUGGUGGUCCAACUGAUGCAAUCCGUCAUGUUGGUGACCUUGGAAAUAUUGAGGCUGGUGAAAAUGGAGUAGCCAAUAUUUCCAUUCGAGAUAGAGUGAUCUCUUUGACAGGCCGCAACAACAUACUUGGACGUUCUGUUGUUGUUCACUCGGACAAAGAUGACUUAGGAAAGGGUGGUUUUGAAGACAGCCUUACAACUGGUCAUGCUGGAACCAGGGAGGCUUGCGGUGUUAUUGGAAUCCUGUCACCUGUCACACCAUGGCAUAACUCAGCAUCUACUGCAAGAUUUGGCCCUGCCAUUUUUCUGUCAACAGCUGUUCUCCUUGCUGUGUCAUAUCUCAUGUAAUAACUGUAUAAAUUUGUAAUAUAAAAGCAAUGUGAUGCAUCUAAAGUUUAAUUUUAACAUAAUCAUGCAGUUUUUGUUAAGCAAGUGUGGAUGGAAAUACCUUUAUGUGACAGUUUAUUAAUUACUUAAACUUAUUUAAUAAUGUAUAUUGCUGUUUACUGUCAUAUAUAUGUAGUUAACUUUAAACCUGUGUACAUUAUAAAUACUUUUAAAUAAAUGUUGUUUCUAUACUUA